AUGGCGUCGUCAUAUCUGGGUCCUGAAUCGCCAAGGCCUUUGGCAGUCAUUUCUGAGGGUUACCAAAAACGUUGGAACCUGCCGGAUUACCACCCCUUUGAAAAGUACAAUUUUGGGCGGAAGUAUGAGGAGGCCAUGAUAAGACUGAUUCACAAGUACCUGGAACUCGGGACGACCGAUCGUCUCUGUUACGUCGGUGACAUCACAGGAAGUCUCGCGCCCCUGCUGCGAGAACGGUUCUGUUUACUGGAGCCAAUGACAGCUGUGAUUCCGGGGCACGUGCGUUACCUAACAACAGACAACAGUGUCAUCCCAGUGCCCAUCGCCCACACAGGCGCAGACGAGUAUUUUCGGCUACAGGCAGCGGCUAAUCAGAGCAUUUCUGGUGGAAAACCCGCCAAGGGAAUGUUCGACAAAGUUAUUCUUAAAGACGCAGUUUCGUCUCUGGAAAACCCAAUUGAAACGUACCAAAAUAUUCUGGGUUCUUGUGGUCCAGAUGGAAAACUUCUCAUAAUUCAUAGAGCCGGCAAUUUAAACACGCUGCCUCUGUUUCGGGAUGCGAAACAGCGGAUUGAUGAAACUGACAAGCCGUACGAAACUAUCCUCAAAGACUUGUACGCCUGUAACUUUGACGUCAAGUGGAAUAUUGAGUACGUACCCGUGCGGAUGGCAAAAAUAAAAUGGCUGACCAUGAUGAAGGAUAAAUUCCCGCCUGAAAUGCAAAUGCUAAGUAAUUUCGAAAUUUUUUCUGGUGUUCGCGAUCUCUCUGAAGGCGUCCUAAAAUACGAAGGAGAAGAAGUAGAGUUUUUGGACAGGUUGCUCUUCAUCACGGCCACGCCCUCCUUUACGGAACUGGCGUAUCCUAGAGUUCAAAAAUACGGAGCCAAUCGAUUUAAACCUUUCCGACCAUUGGUAACGUAA